AUGUUAGGAAAAGCCUAUAGUGAGUCGUGCAUUUCGAAAACGCAAGCGUACGAUUGGUAUAAGGCAUUCAAAGAAGGCAGAGAAGUUGUUUAUGAUUUGCCUCCUUCCGGCCGACCUUCAACGACUUCGACUGAUGAAAACAUCGAAAAAAUCAAGAAAAUAGUCAUCGAAAAUCGUCGCCUGAGUGUUAGAGAGAUGGCUCAUGAACUGCAAAUGUCUCACAUAUCCGUGCAUAACAUUUUGACUGAAGUUUUGGGCAUGAGAUGCGUCGCUGCACGACUUGUUCCGAAAGAGCUGAAUUUUUUGCAACAAACCCAUCGAAAAAUGGUUGCUGAAGAGAUGGUUUCGCGAGCUUCUAGUGAAUCUACCUUUAUAAAACGCAUCAUAACUGAUGAUGAGACAUGGGUUUAUGAGUACGACAUGGAAACAAGUCAACAAUCAUCGGAAUGGCGCUUCGAAUUGAGUCGAUAA